GAUUUAAACUAUUCAGACAUUUGACAGGAAGUUGUACUAUGCAGAUCUGUGCCUCAUAUACUGAAAUGAAAGGAAAACCCGUAGUUACAGAUAAACGGUUCAAUUUUAAUCUGUUUGAUUUUCUUUUUUCCACCCGCCGUGUCUUUUCACCGCUUGUGGAAUGAGUGAAGGAGUUUAGGAUAAGUACAGGUCUAUAACAGCUGCUAUGCAAAAGUCUUGUCAGGACCUGUAUUGCAAGAGAGGGGGGAAGGCAAGGUAAGACAGAUUGUGUUGUGAAUGUAACUGUGUUCUUUCUCAUUGGUACCAUGAAAGAGACGGAAAGAUUUUCUGUAAGAAACAUUACUGGUCACGAUUCGGAGAGCAGUGUCAUGGCUGUUCAGAGUCUAUCACCACUGGUCUUAUUAUGGUGGCUGGGAAGCAGAAAUAUCAUCCAGAGUGUUUCCUCUGUGAAAGCUGCAACGUGUUUAUUGGAGACGGCGAUUCUUUCACUUUAAUAGAUUUUACACAUUUAUACUGUGGACAGUGUUAUUAUCAAAAGACAUCAGUGCAGAAUUCUGGGGCAAAAUGUUCACGGCUUCCUCAUAUGGUGACAUCGAUGUCAUUUCCUCCCUUGGCAGAAAGCAGACGAGGUUUAACUUUUGCUGUGAAACAAAGUCUUGUCGAUGACGCAAGCCCUGUGAUCAGAGUUUCUCAAUUGGACCUGGAUAGCAUAACUCCUGAAGUGAAGCCUUUGAUCCAUGUUGGAGACAGAAUUCUUGAAAUCAAUGGGAUCUCUGUUCAAAACAUUCCACUGGAUGAGUUGGAUCUGUUGAUUCAUGACACAGAGCACUUGCUGCAAAUCACUAUUGAACAUGACCCUAAAGAUCUCACAAAACACGAAGACCUACUGGGAGAAGAACUGGACCAGCCUGGAUCCUUGGGAUUCUUUCCUCUUCCCAACAGACGAACUGGAAUUCGUUCCAAAAAUAUUCUGCGCAGUUGCAGUAUUGACAAAGCCCCAUGUUCACAGCGACACUUAACACUCCUUUCUCAAAGAAAAGACAUUAAUCGAUCAGAGUCUCUGCGUUUUGACACAACUGACAAAACACAGCGCAUUUUCCGUCCAUCUGAUCUAUUAUAUGGUGAGGUCCUGGGGAAAGGCUGUUUUGGACAAGCCAUCAAGGUGACACAUGUGGAAACAGGUGAGGUGAUGGUGAUAAAGGAACUUCUUCAGUUUGAUGAAGAGACACAGAAGACAUUCCUCAAAGAGGUCAAAGUGAUGAGAUGCCUCGAACAUCCAAAUGUCUUAAAGUUUAUCGGAAUUCUUUACAAAGACAAGCGGCUUAACCUGAUCUCCGAGUAUGUGCAGGGAGGGACCUUGAGGGAUACCAUACAGAAAAUGGACAAGGACUACCCAUGGAAACUGAGAGUGAGCUAUGCCAAGGACAUAUCGGCUGGAAUGGCCUACCUCCAUUCAAUGAAUGUCAUCCACCGGGAUCUAAACUCACACAACUGCUUUGUCAGAGAGAACCAAUCAGUGGUGGUUGCAGACUUCGGUUUGGCCCAGCUUGUGAAGGAGGAUAAGAAUGUCUCACCUGCUCAAAUGCCUAAAAUGAACAAGCUUGGUCGUAAAAAGCGGUAUACUGUAGUGGGCAACCCAUACUGGAUGGCACCAGAAAUGAUCAAUGGAAAAGUCUAUGAUGAACACGUUGACAUUUUCUCAUUUGGGAUUCUGCUAUGUGAGAUUAUCGGCAGGGUUUACGCUGAUCCAGAUGACCUACCCCGUACUCAGGAGUUUGGAUUAAAUGUGAAGGAAUUUCUGGAGCGCUGCUGGUCCAAAGACUGUCCUGCGGUGUUCUUUCCCAUUGCGGUUCUGUGUUGUGCCUUGGAGGCUGAGAAACGGCCCACUUUUGCUAAAUUAGAGGAGUGGCUGGAGAACCUGUUAAUGCAUUUGGAAAUUCGACUUCCUCUUAUGUCAGAAGUGGAUAAAAUUUGUCAGUCAUUUUGGGAGAACAAUGGCCAAUCCAAACAAAUUUAUGAGAUUCCAACCAAACAACUGCGAACUCUGUGUUUGGCAGAAGCUGAUGUUGGAUGUGCUUACAGUAAAGCAGACAAAAGUACAUUUUUCAUGUAAUGAUCUUCAUGUUGGAUUUCUCAGACUGUUACAGUGGACUCCAAAAAGGAUACUUGGGCCACAGCUGUAAUGUAUGAAUGUUUGAAUAGAUAACAACAUGUGCAAACAUCUGCAAACAAAUAUAAGACCCUUAUUUCAUUUUUGCCAUUAUAGGUGGUGGAUGUAUGAUGUAAAAGGGGCCAUGGCAUGAAAAUCUGACUUUUUCCAUGUUUAAGUGCUAUAAUUGGGUCCCCAGUGCUUCUAUCAACCUAGCAAAAUGUGAAAAAUAUCAACCCAGUAACUUAGUUUUGAUAAACCAUUCUCUGCAAGCAUCUGAAAAAUUAGGUCAUUGAAAUUUGAUGUCUCCUUAUGAUGUCAUAAGGAGAGCUUAUUAUAAUAAUACCGCCCCUUAAUCUGCACUAUCCAACCACAGCACUGCCAUUUAGUGCAGAAAGAGAGAGAGAGAAAAAAUAAUUCACAGCACAGUUGAGUUUCAACUGCAACAAACCACCUUCAUUGCGAUCAGUGUUUGAAUUUCAUCAGCUCAUUUGCAUUUUAAAGGACACACCCAAAAUGGCACAUUUUUGCUCACACCUACAAAGUGUCAAUUUUUAAAAUGUUAUAAUAAAUUAUCUAUAUGGUAUUUUGAACUAAAACUUCACAUGUGUACUCUGGGGAAACCAAAGAUUUAUUUUACAUCCUAAAAAAGUCUUGUGACAUGGCCCCUUUACAACUCAACAUCCCAUAGAUGUCACAAACUAGACAUAAUUCACGACAGCUGACAUGUAAAAAAAGUGUCUUAAUAUUUGAAAUAUCUUAUUUUUAAACAAUAUAAAUCAACAAUAUGUGUGCCUGUACAAUACAUUUCAGAUUUUUAAUAAUUGAAUGGGUUAGUUUACCCAAAAAUGAAAAUUCUGUCAUUAUUUAGUCACUCUCAUGUUAUUACAAACCCGUAUAAAUGUAUUUGUUCUGAUGAACACAAAGUAAAAUAUUUUGAGAAAUGUUCGUAAUCAAACAGUUUGUGAGCCCCAUUCACUUCCAUAGUAUUCUUUUUUCCUACUAUGGAAGUGAAUGGGACUCAUGAAUGGUUUGGUUACAAACAUUCCUCAAAAUAUCUUCAUUCGUGUUCAUCAGAACAAAGAAAUUUGUAACAACAUGAGAGUGAGAAUAUGAUGACAGAAUUUUCAUUUUUGGGUGAACUAUCCCUUAAACAUCAUUUUUAAUAGGUGUCUUAAACUGAUCAUUUGCACAGACAGUGAUAAGACACCAAAGCAUGAAUGAAUAAUAAUUAUUUUAAAAUACCGAAAAUGUAUAUGUUUUAUAGAAUAAAGUGACUCUUUAUAUGAAUGUAUCAGUCAUUUUUAAAGUAAAUAAUGCCCCUGGACACAAAAAUAUGCAUGGCAUGCCAUUGACCCUUUAUAUUUUGUUAUGCAAUGCAAUUGCAUUAUACAUUUUGGUGUUGUUUAAAUGUCUACAUACUUUUUGAGACCACACCACUGUAUAUUGUACAGUCUGUCGGUUGUGCAAUCAAGUUGUGCAAUAAUGUUGCAUAAUUUAUACAGUACUGUAUAUCACAUAGAAAGGUGCUAUUAGAUUGUUCAAGCUAAUAUACAAUUUUUUGAAAGUAUUAAAUUUAAGUUUAAUAAGCAUGAUUUACAAUUCAACUUACAAAACAUUUCCUUGAUGAUUAAUUUGAAGUUUUUUUUUCAGUACAUCUGACAUUUCAGUUUUUACAUGUGUGUAAAGCCUAAGCUUUUAAUAUACUGUGAAAUUAAAGCUGUGCAUCUGAUUGAAUGAAUAAAUGCAGUGAUACUGCACGUGCGCUA